AUGGGGGAAGGGAAGAUAGGGGAGGGCGGAUGCGGGCAGCGGACGGAGGGCGCCGGGAUGGGAAGGGGCCAGCCAGGGCGUAAGGUUCGGUCACCUCGGGCUGCGGCCUCCCUGCCCGCGAGGCGGCACCGCCAGCAGGCUGGCGGGCUCCGCAACUCCCCGGCUUUCUCGCCCGCCCUCCCGUUCUUCUCAGGCUGCGGCGGCGGCGACCAGCCGGGACAGCGAGGCUCACAGCGGCGGCUCCUCCGCGCCGGGCCUUGGUUGCUGAGUUUUGGGAGGCGGCGGCAGCGGCGGCGGCAACGGUCCGACCCGUGCGGUCACCAUCGUCCGCGGCAGCAUGCGCUCGCGGGCCGAGCCCCUCAGCAACCGGCGGCGGCCAUGGCUCCAGUGCUCGCUCCUCCCGCCCCCGGCACUCUGCAGCGGCCACGGCCAGGCUUCUGUGCUCUGCGCCUGCGCCGGGCGCAGCCAACGCGGCGAGCCCCUCCCCCGCCUGAAAGCGCGCGCACGCGCGCGCGACCACUCACAAUCGCACGAGUCUGGUGGUUAACUGCGCCGCCUCGGGUGCACUGUCACACUCCCCAAAACACCAAGAGCUUCGCGCACUCACACCCACACUCACCUGCCCGGACCACGUGGGAGAAUUGGAGGGGCUGAUCUUCACCCGGUGCAACCGCAGUAACAGUGAUGCCAGAAGGUUUUUUUAAUUCCCUGAAUGAUUGGACUAGACUGUCAAUCCCAUGACUAGCGCAGAACAGGAGAUCAACAAACCUCUGUUUAAUAAGUGAGUAGAUGAAUGAAUGAAUGAAAAUUGGAACUGUUCACUGAGUAUCCUUAAUUGAAAAAUUCCAACCCCUUAAUUUUAAAAACUUGCUCACAGGAUGUUACUGUAUGAAAUUAAAUGGUAUUUUGUACGUCUUGUCUU